GAUGCUCCUGCUGUGCUGCCCGCUGCUCCUGCUGCUGCUGCCGCUCAGCUCCAGGCCCCAGAAGUUACCUACCAGAGAUGAAGAGCUCUUCCAAAUGCAAAUCCGGGACAAGGCAUAUUUCCAUGAUUCGUCCAUCAUCCCAGACGGAGCUGAAAUUAGCAGUUACCUCUUCCGAGACACCCCUAAAAGGUAUUUCUUUGUGGUUGAAGAGGACAAUACUCCCUUAGCAGUGACAGUAACACCAUGCGAUGCCCCUCUGGAAUGGAAACUGAGUGUGCAAGAGCUCCCUGAGGAAGCUAGUGGAGAAGGUUCAGGUGAACCAGAGCCUCUUGAGCAACAGAAACAGCAGAUUACUAAUGAGGAAGGCACAGAGCUGUUCUCUUACAAAGGCAAUGAUGUUGAGUACUUUGUGUCCUCUAGUUCCCCAUCUGGUUUAUACCGACUAGAUCUGCUGUCGACAGAGAAAGAUACACAUUUUAAAGUGUAUGCAACCACUACUCCAGAGUCAGACCAAUCUUAUCCUGAAUUACCUUAUGAUCCCAGAAUCGACGUCACUUCUCUGGGACGUACAACAGUGACACUGGCAUGGAAACCAAGUCCUACUGCUUCCUUACUGAAACAGCCCAUUCAGUACUGCAUAGUUGUCAAUAAAGAACACAACUUCAAAAGCCUCUGUGCUGUUGAAGCCAAGCUCAGUUCUGAUGAUGCCUUUAUGAUGGCUCCAAAACCAGGUCUGGAUUUCAGUCCAUUUGACUUUGCCCAUUUUGGCUUCCCCUCAGACAACAAUUCUGGCAAAGAACACAAUUUCCUAAAACCGUCAUCAAAGUUUGGACACCCAACAUCCUCAAAGCCAAGAACUGACCUCCAUAAAGUUUGUAUUGGGAACAAGAACAUCUUCACAGUGUCUGACCUGAAGCCUGACACGCAGUACUACUUUGACAUGUUUGCAGUAAAUACCAACACUAACACGAGCACUGCAUACAUAGGCACCUUUGCCAGAACAAAGGAGGAGGCUAAACAGAAAACGGUUGAACUGAAGGACGGCAGAGUUACAGAUGUAUUCAUCAAGAGGAAGGGAGCCAAAUUUCUACAGUUUGCUCCCGUUUCAUCUCACCAGAAAGUCAUCUUCUCCAUUCAUUCAUGCCUGGAUGCUGUUCAGGUCCAGGUUAAAAGAGAUGGAAAACUUCUCUUGUCUCAGAAUGUGGAAGGUGUGCGGCAGUUCCAGCUUCGGGGAAAAGCAAAAGCCAAAUAUCUGAUUAGGCUGAAAGGAAGCAAAAAAGGUGCUUCUAUGCUGAAGGUCCUGGCUACAACAAGGCCUAACAAGCAGUUGUUUCCUUCUCUUCCUGAAGAUACACGAGUCAAAGCCUUUGACAAACUCCGCACGUGUUCUUCGGUCACAGUGGCGUGGCUGGGCACGCGAGAGAGAAACAAGUUCUGCAUCUACAAAAGGGAAGUGGAUGACAGUUACAAUGAAGAGCAGAAGAGAAGACAGCAGAACCAGUGCUUGGGCCCAGACAUGAGGAAGAAAUUGGAAAAGGUCCUCUGUAAAUACUUCCACAGCCAGAACAUCCAGAAAGCGGUAACCACAGAGACAAUCAGAGGCCUGCAGCCUGGCAAGUCCUACCUGCUGGAUGUAUAUGUGAUAGGGCACAGUGGGCACUCCGUGAAAUACCAGAGCAAACUGGUGAAAAUGAGGAAGUUCUGUUAGUGCCCCUGUACAUAGAAAUAUAUGGAACUCUGGUCUGAACUUUAUCCUACUUCGAAGUAUAUAGAUUAACUACUUGAACAGCUGAGAAGUUGUGACCUGUAUUUGUACUGUGUAGAAAAGAUAUCAACUUGUGUAUUUAUGUUUACAUAAGUAAUUGUUUGAAGGAACUGAGGUUGGGGGUCUCCAGUAGCACCUGGCAAUGGUAUUAUCAUGUGUCCAGUGACCCACAUGUGAUGCUGAGUAGAUGUCCAAGAUAGCAGGAAACCUUUAAGUGGCACUCCUUUGCUUCCAUAUUUCAUGAACUGCUUCCAAAUUAUUUUAUACUUCAAAGGCUGAAAUGCAUCAUUCAUCCACCUUGUUCCUCACACACAGAGCUCACAGAUGUACACCCUUUCUCUCAGCGUAGAUGGUAGUGUUUCUGUAAAUUAUUUUAUAGAGUCUUGUUUUAAAUGUUUAUGUUUCUAUGAUUGUAAACAAAUAAAAUCUCUCCCCAAUAAAGUACAAAUCUAAACUAUUAA